AUGGCUUUGAUGGCUGAAACGAAAGGCGGACCUUCUUAUUACUGCGGAGCUUUCCUUAUUAGUUCAAGAUAUGCCAUCACUGCAGCUCACUGUGUGAAUUCCCCGCUGGCGUUCAGCGUGCGCGUGGGCAGCCUGUACCACUCGCGGGGCGGCGAGAAGCGGCUCGUGGACAGCGCCAUGAAGCACCCGCUCUACGACCCCGAGAGCAACGACUUCGACGUGGCCGUGCUGCUGCUGGCGCCGCCCGCGCUGGCCUUCUCGCGCGACGUGCAGCCGGCGCAGCUCGCCUCCGCCGACUCCGACGCGCGCGCCAACGAGCUGGGCACAUCCACUCCCUCGAACACGCUGAUGAAAGUAAAUUUACCUAUAUUGUCUCGGAAGGAAUGUGAAGGUGCAUACGGGGCCGCCAUCACUGCGAGAAUGCUGUGCGCUGGCUACUUGGACGGAAGCCACGAUGCCUGUCAAGGCGACUCCGGGGGCCCGCUGGCCGUCGGCGGGAAGGUGGUGGGCGUCGUGUCGUGGGGCUACGGCUGCGCGCAGGAGGGCUGCCCCGGCGUCUACACCAGCAUCAGCAGCGUUAGGCAGUGGAUUCGCGAGGUCACGGACGGCGUCUAGUUGGACUCCUUCGCUCCCCCUGCAGCAAUAUCCCAUCUGGGUGAUUCCACACAUUGGACAUUCGGUGAGACGCCACCACUCACCGAAUCUUGAGUAGUGUAGAUGAGUGGCUUGCUAUUUCCCGAGCGACGACCAUUCGGUGCUCGCCCUUUCCACUGCGUGUCCUUUUUUUCUCCUCAUCGAAGGAAGCGAACAUUCGUCGAGCACAUCAGCUCGGGAUUGGGUGAGCAGUCACUCGCUAUUUGACGAAUGCCGAAUGUGUGGAGCCAUCUUUAUAGAAUUGUUUUUAACCCCAUUUUCGCCUGAAGUGAGAAGACGGCACUCUCAAAAUCAGUAUAUUCGUUACUGAUUGCCAGAGUUACUUUUUUAAUUGUCAUAUCUUCUGGAUGUUGGUGUAAUGUGGAUCACGACGCAUUUGAUUGCCAGUAAUUGUUUUGAAAAAUCUUUAAUCAUAAAUCUCCCCCUUCGGCAAAAAGGUGAUCAAUGAAUAUUAACGUCUGAAAAAUGUGUAAAAAUAAGUAGAAAAUAUCAAUGUAGAAUGAGGUAACGGGACAAUGGCAAUCCUCAACGUGACCUCCGGAAAAUUUUGAACCUGCGCAAGAUGGGUGCAAAAAUUUCUCUGAAUAUUUUUGAACGCGAUUUUUGAGUGAACGCCCCGCACUUAUUGGCAAGCGGUAUAAAACAAUAUCUGUUGAAAGUUUCUAUUAAAUCAUUAAUAACUACGCACAUCUGCAUAGUUUAGAAUGAAGUAAUGAGUAUAUGGAACCUUCAGACUUUGAAUUGAGUUUUAUAUUUUGAUCGAUUUAAUGUUAGGUUGACGUUUUGUUGUUUAAUAUCUUUUAUUAACUGUGGAGCACUGAAAAGUCUGUAGUGGGUUUAUAAACU